UGCCCUGGAGCGUCUUCAUUUCACCCAGGAAUUUCUGUCUAAAACCCUCAUUGGGGUAACUUGUGAUGGUGCGUCCGUUAUGUUGGGGCGUAAAAGUGGAGUGGCGAGUCGGCUCCAGACAAUGUUCCCCAACAUCACUCUGUGGCACUGCUCAGCCCACAGACUUGAGCUCGCGGUUGCCGACGUAGUGAAAGAGAUGGGCGCCGUAAAUCACUUUAAAAGUCUGAUGGACAAGCUGUAUGCACUGUAUAGCACAUCCAACAAAAACCGAUUGGAACUGAGAACGGCUGCGGAGAGCCUCGAUGUACAACUAUGCAAAAUAGGUCGAAUUCUAGAUACCAGGUGGGUGGCCUCAAGUUUUAGAACAGUCGACGCUGUGUGGAAGAAUUACCCAGCACUUUACAAACAUUUCCAAACGGCAUCCGACGACCCCUCUCGCGAUGGCAUCACAAGGCGCACAUACAGCGGGCUUGCUAUGCGCCUGUCUUCACAUGCCUUUGUGAACAAUUUAGGCAUUAUGUGCGAUGCACUACAAGAAUUGUCUGAGCUUUCAGUUGAGCUUCAAAAAAGAGACGUCACCAUCAUUUCAGCACACAAGACAAUUUCACGUGAAAUCAGAGUACUCGAGGCAAUGUCAGAACGGCCAGGGCGCUACACUGAACUGAGCCAAAGGGGGAUCGUUGAAAACUCAUUCCAAGGUGUCACACUGAAUGGAGGAAAGCCAAGUGACAAAUCACUCGACCACAAGCAGUUUUUCUUAACUGUGGCCAAAAACCUGGAGGAGCGCAUGCUAUCGCAAGGAGGUCGCGUGCCAGACAAAACUGGAUAUAACAAAUUCAUUGAGGAGUUGAAGGUACUUUACGCACAGUAUUGGCCUGAUGGAGCAGAUGCGUUGUAUGGAGAGACUGAGGUUGAGUCACUGUGCCAACGCUUCAACAUCACAAACCCACGCGCUGUCCUACGGGCCUACAGGGCAUACAGGGACUCGGAUGGAAACGACAUGCCCGAUGAACUGAGGGAAUUACUUGUUGCUGUCAACAGUAUUCCCAUUGCAAGUGCUGAAUGUGAGCGUGGCUUUUCUCAAAUGAAUCUGAUAUGCACUCCCCAUCGUGGCUCUCUGCUCAUACCCACCAUAUCAUCUUUGCUGUUCCUGAAUCUUGUUGGACCACCACUGGAUAAAUUCAACCCUGUCCCUUACGUCAGAUCGUGGGUUUCCAAGGGACACAGAAACGCGACAGACGCACGCAGUAAAACGCGCAACAGAGAGAGGGAGGAGAAUCCUGACAUGCUGGUGAUGUGGAAUAUUAUGAGCAGCUAAAUGGAUGGACACUGGUGCUUACACCCGGUGAUCCUCACCCCCUCCCACCCCCACCCCGUGAGGAAG